CUUUUCUUUGCCAGGUUCAACUUGUCCUUAAUCCAUGUGAAGACCUGUUGGAAACACAUUCUAGAAACUCGAAGAUUUUCCGUGUCCUAAUAAAUUCUGUGGUGUUCAAGAAGAGCCUGCCCAAAUGAGCAAGACAUCCCAGCAGAACACGGCGACAGAUGCGAACGGGGUAAGCGUGAUCCACAGCCAAGCACACGCCAGUGGUUUGCAGCAGGUUCCGCAGCUGGUGCCCGUGAGCCCCGGCGGCGGAGGCAAAGCUGUGCCUCCGAGCAAGCAGGGAAAGAAGAAUUCCUUUGUGGAUAGGAACAGCGAUGAGUAUCGCCAGCGCCGGGAGCGCAACAACAUGGCAGUGAAAAAGAGCCGGUUAAAGAGCAAGCAGAAAGCACAAGACACGUUGCAGAGGGUCAACCAGCUCAAGGAAGAAAAUGAACGGUUAGAGGCAAAAAUUAAGCUCCUGACCAAGGAGCUGAGUGUACUGAAAGACUUGUUCCUGGAGCACGCGCACAAUCUUGCAGACAAUGUGCAACCUGUUGGCACUGAAACCACCACGACAAAUCCAGAAAGCAGCGCACAGUAGACACGGUCAUGAAACGAACUCCCGAGGUGCAGCCUGUCUGUGCUGCCCACGCAGUGACCGAGCAAAAACUGUUCUUCUAAGCGUUAUUUUGUGGAGAUUUUCUUUUUAGGUUUAACACUGAAGAUUUGAUACAACUAAAGCAUAAUUUUAGAGUACUUGUUUUAAAGUGUUAAAUAUUUUUCUUCUCUAUAAGGUUUGGCUAAUAAAUGCAGAUAAUAUAAAUUCACAGUCAACAAGGAGCUUAAUAUUAGAGCAAUAGCAU